UCUACAACUAUUCAUAACUAAAUUUUUCCGGUGCCCUACCUACGUGUCCAAAAGAAAAAACAUGGAAAUUAGCCGGUGUACAAUUUUAUUCCUAUUAAUUGUUUCCUUGUUUUGUCUAAUUUCGGCAAAAAUUGUUAAUAAAAAUGUCGACCGCUCGUUGGAUAUAUCGAGCCAAUUAGUUAAGGAGAACAUCAGGAUAACUGCUACAAACAGCGAUGGCAAACCGAUUAGCGUGUACACGUUCUUGGUGCCUGCCAGAGAUCGUAAAAAUUUGGCAUUUAUUUCAGCAAAGGAUGAAAAUAAAAAGGAUCUGAAGUUCACGGAAAAUUUAGUUAAUGGAAAUCAUGAAUUUUCAAUUGCUUUCCCCACAUCUUUGGCAACCGAAGUUUUCACCAUUGAGACAGUGUACACGAAGAAGCUGAUACCCCACCCUAGCCAAAUACCGCAAUCGGGAAAGCAGCUUGUAAAGUAUGAAGGUAAUCUUUAUCUGUACUCGCCGUAUGAGACAACUAGCCACAAAACCAGCGUAUUACUAAGUUCAGCGAACCUACUUUCUCACACGCAAGUAAAACCAUUUAAUGUCGCUGCUAAUAAAAUCAAAUAUGGUCCGUAUGAGAAUAUUGCAGCUUUAACCAAUCAGUCGCUUGUGAUACACUAUGAAAACGAACGCCCCUUUUUGACAACGACACGCCUUGAGCGGAUCAUAGAGGUAUCGCACUGGGGAAAUAUUGCAGUAAAGGAAAAUAUUUUCAUGGAACACACUGGUGCUUUGCUAAAAGGUUCGUUUUCCCGCUAUGAAUUCCAAAAGGAUGGGCGCUCCGGGAAUGCUAUUAAAUCUUAUAAAACUUUACUGCCUGCAUCCGCAUCAGAUGUCUACUACCGUGACACCAACGGCAAUAUCUCCACAUCUAAUAUGAAAAUUUUACGGGACUCUGUUGAAUUGGAAUUACGCCCAAGAUUUCCACUUUUCGGUGGCUGGAAAACACAAUAUACACUUGGCUAUAACAUUCCAUCAUUUGAAUAUCUCUUCAACGCCGAUGAUAAGUACCAAUUGAGAAUGCGUCUUAUUGAUCACAUCUACAAUGAUAUGGUGAUCGAUGAAGCUGAAGUUAAAAUCAUUUUACCUGAAGGGGUUUCCAAUAUUGAAAUAACCACACCGUAUUCAGUGAAAAGGGGAGCAAAUGAAUUGCAUUUUACGUAUCUGGACACAGUAGGUAGACCCGUCAUUACUUUGUAUAGAAGAAAUCUGGUAGAGAAUCAUAUUGCAAACUUUAGUUUGAAGUAUACAUUUUCGAAAAUUUCUCUCUUACAAGAACCGCUAUUGGUUGUUGCUUUCUUCUUUAUAAUUUUCAUCGUAGCAAUAAUUUCCUUGCGUCUCGAUUUCUCGAUCAAUACCUCACACAGUCAUAAAGACUAAAUGCAGUCUAGUUAAUGCUUAAUAUUAAUGUGGAAGAGCAUAAUAAUAGAGUAACUUUAUAAUAAAUAAAAAAAAUCUUUUAGUAGAUUUCAAUAAA